AUGUCGACGCAUUAAAAGGCUGUAAUUAAUACAACUUUCACAGUCAGUGGUAGAGUAGCAUUCCUCUAUUUCCAUAUACCUCGCAGAUGAUAGCUAUAGCCUUAAUUAAAACUCUUCACUGGAAUAUAUUGAAGUUAAGUGAUUUAUGUUAAGUUAAGUCGAGAUUUAUGAUAAUGAUUGAAACAUUUCGAUUUUUCUAGAUAUGCGUAAAAAUAAUCGAAUAUAAAAUCUAAAAAUAUAGAAUUCUAGUAUUCCUGUAAUCCUAAGGAUAUUUUAAAACGAAAUUAUGAAUUUUCAUUGGGGAGGUCAGAAGGAAUCAGACGCUACAACCGAAACAUUUAUGACGACGCGGAGGUGUGACCUCCAUCAAGGUAAAGUAAAAAGAUGCACCUGUCAUUAUCGAGUGCAGUACGCGCGUGUCACAUGUAAUUUAAUCGGUCGACUCAUCUUGUCGACAUUAGCGUUUUGUAAUAUGAGCUCGACAGGGCUACGUUUACUUGUCAGGAUACUGGAUACUGGAUGCUGGUAGAAACGCGGGGUACGGUGUAUCACAACACAUACACAACGAUGCACGCGUGCGCACACGUACGCAACUCAUAUACGGUUCUCGUCACCGGCUAGCCGGUAGGACAUUCGAUUUCAGUCGAAAGCGAAAACCCGCUUAGCCCGUUUAGUCGUGUUGUCGCGGCGUACCGUUUUAUAGUGCGGCAUUCUUAUGGGUGUUCCCCAUUUAUUCGUUGACUUCGGCUCGUCAUACUUCGGCUAGUCAGAGUGUUCGAGAUACUACGAGACUUGCUCAAAUGUCGUUCGACUGCUGUGGUAACGGCGAAGCCGCCGGCAAGACGUUCGCGAAUGGCCUUGAGAAUGUGUCACGUAUUCCACGAGCAAUCUACGAUAGUUUCCUUCACGAUAUUGACCAUUUCACGUAUGGGUACUGUUGGUUGUUCCUCGUCGUUGCUGUUCCUCUAUUAAUGGCCUUACGUAUGUUAGGCCGUGUUCACGUCACGCCGCCUAGAGACGUCAGACUUGAAGAGUAGCGCGAUCUUACGGAGCACGCAGGAGACUAUUUUUGUUUUGUUGUUUAAUCACCGGUGUAAAUACAUAAAUACGGUUUCAGCCAGAUCGAAUAUAACACCGUGACUCGUGAGUGCGGGGUACAUUCCUGCGAUUUCCUUUCGCUGUAUCUCAAUCCUCGACACGAUGUAAACAGUAUGGAAGGAGGAAUGGCGUCGUUCUGAUGGAUUUCUCGUGUCACGGUCCCUCUGAGUAUUAUCGUAUGUGGUUGAUGCGAUUCGGUUUGUCGCGCUCGAUUCUUCCAACAUCGUACUUUACUUGGUUAAUAUUGUACGUGAGUGUGUAGUGCCGAACAGUGUGUGACUAUGGUGUGUCGUCUGCUAAUGUUGCUGACACGAACGUCGCUCGAGAGAAACAACGGCGUCGCGUGGGGGAGGAAUGAAUGAACGUGAAGAGGACGAUCGAGGUGUGGCGGGAGGGGAUGCGACGACCGUCGUGUUGUGACGGCCUGCUGCCUGCUUGCCGAUUUGUAUCGAGCCGGAGCAUCCGUCCGUCGUUGGAGAAAAGCAAUGUGAAAGAAAAGACGAAUGCAAAGCCACGAUCAAAGGGAAUUCCACUCUACGACCAAAUCAGGGAAUUUUCUAUCCCUUAGACGGUCGUGGCCAUGGUUUCAUAGUCAGAAUUCGCGGGUAAAUUCUGAAAAGCUACGGUGUCCACGGCGAUGAGCAUAAACAUGGAAGUUGUGCGAGCCUCGGUCAGCUUCAACGCGAUGCUAUGAUCACCAUUACGACUACACAGUACUUUCACUCGAAUUCUCGGGUUUUUUUCGCGCCGGGUUUCUGUAUACGAAACAGGAUAGAGACAGAGAGAGAGAGAGACUAGUGUAUCGUUCCGUUAAAACACUCGGCACGAUAGAUUUCCGUGGGCAAAACAGUUAAAGGAGGCCGCGCAAAAACGCAGCAGCGUUGGCAGCCAUUGAAAAAGGGGGCAGGAUCGAGCGGAGCGAUCGAGCAGCUGCCAGGAUUCGGAUCCCGAUCCUCCGAAGGGCCGCGUAAACGCGCAUCAGGGACUCAUUCCCUCGUCCGAGAUUCGUCUGGAACGCAGAAAGAGGGGUGGGUAAGUAGGGUGAGAACGAUGAUCGCAGAGGGGAUGGGUGGCCGUGUGGAACAGCAGUCUGGCCAGUUGAUUACGAUGCCGAAACGAGUGGCGGGCCAUCUCUCCAACCAGUUUCGGACAGUGUCUUCGGGUCGAACGAGGCCUGUGUAGUUUGGUGGAGAGACGCCAGGCUUCUUUGGCCGCUGCUCGUCGGACGAAGACCGAUAGAAACGAGGGGGAAAAGGUAAGAAAGGAAGAAGGAAAGAAAACGUGGACGAAGAGGAGACUCAGAGCGAAGGAGAGUGAGAGAAGCAGGGAGAGCAGCAGCAGCCAGCAGCAGCGGCAGCAGCAGCAGCGAGCAGCCAGCAGCGCAAGAAGAGACGGAGGAGGCGACAGCCGAGCUUAAGUUUCGGUUUCGUUCGUUUCGCGCCUGCUCCGCGUCGAACGGGAGCCGAGAGUGAGCGCGGCGGAGAGAGAGAACCGGCGUACGAGAGAGCGAGAAGAGCUGCACCAUCGGAGUAACAGAGAGAGCGAGAGAGAGGCGUCGUCCGAGCGAACGAGACGCAGCAAGCUGGCAGAAGGAGAGAAUCGGAGAGAUAGAUAAAUGGGAUAGGAAGAAGAGAGAAGGAAAAGCGAUUGGUGGCGGUGGAGGCGGCAGGAGGGCGAAGAGAGGACGAGUGCAACGCGUGAGUGAAAGACAGAACGCGGCAGCCAGGGGUUGGAUAGAGAGAGAGAGAGAGAGAGAGAGAGAGAGAGAGUGAGGCGGCAGUCGAGGCGAACAGACUUCGCCGGCGCUCUGCUCCCAAUAACGACUCUCGCCCUCGGUCAGUCGCGCGCGAACCGCGGAGCCGCGAGCAUCUCUCCGUUUCUCUCUCGCUCUGCUCUCGGCAGGAUAUCUACGUUUCGAGCCGCGUGCACGUGCGAACCCGGGGGACGCGAGAGCAUAACGGAGCGAGGGAUCGAGUCGAACGUGUACACAGGGGGCUUACUCGAGUCCGGUCACCGCUCGAACGAACCACGCUGCUCGCGGAUUCCUGAUCUAAAGAGCGACAGGUGAACGAAAAUCUGGGAGGCCCGACCAGCAUUGUCCGCACGUUUCGCACGAUUGUACGUCGUUCAGAGAGACAUGUCGGUGCUUACGGGGAAUCGCAGCUAGAAGGUAAUUAAAACGAUAACAAGGGCAGACGAUACACUCGAAGGGAAGGAAGAUGGAACGGUCCGUUUGCGGAUGUUCAGCCACGUAGGACAUUGACUGACUUGCGCGAGAUUCUCGAGGGAAGAUCGGUGCUACAUCGAAUCGAAGAAACUUGUGGCGAGGGUGAAAAGGGACGGAUAAAGACUGUCUGGACAGGGACUGGAUCCCGGGGGAGUCUGCCGUCGAGGAGAAGGAACGACUUGGUUUUCGGGGUUAUCUCAUGGUGGGAUUGUCGCGGUAUCGACGUGGUAAUCGCGCCGCGAGUGGUGCUCGCUGCAUCCGGAGAUACAGGCAGCUGGUGAUCGAGUGAGAGAAGAGAAGAGCGGAAAGCGGUCGCACAAAGUGACAAGCGGCAGCGAGCGCGUGGUAUAUAAAAGUGCGAACUGGUGGAGCGCGCGCGCGAGCGCGACCGAGCGAGUUACCGGGCGGUUCGAGGCUGCCAGUGGCCCGCGGACCAAGAAGAAGAAGAGGAAGAAGAAGAAGAAGAAGAAGAGGUUGAAACAGAGGAAGACGGAAAGGAAGAGAAAGAGGAAGGGUGGGAGAGGUGCACACACCAUAGAGGACAACGCUGUUGCUAUUUUCGAGCCCGCCAAAUAUCUCGACGCACGGUGCUGCUCGGUGCUGUCUGCGCUGGCCCUGCUACGCUCUUUCUUCGGCCCCGUCCACGUUCCUCCAAAGCGCAGCGAUUCUGCGCCGAUGACGCAUGGCCCUGACCAAACAGGGGGACAGAAAGAGAGAAAGAGAGGGAAAGAGCGUGAAAGAGAAGCCACACGCAGAGCGGGAGAAGGAGCGAGAGAACGGCGUGUAUGACAGGUUGACCGUUCGAAUGAAAGUCGUUUGAACGGUCGUGAGAGUCCUCCCACGAGGAAGAAUCCCGGCUAGAGGGUGCGAACCGGUGCUAGGACAGGGACAGGAAGACGGAAGAGAAGGGGACAGGAACGAAGCGUCGAUUGAUCGCCGUAUGAUAUAAUGGCAGGCGAGGACACUCAGAUCCUGGCGAACGGAAACGUCGAAGCGCUGACGAUAAUUCCACCGAAAAUGGCGAAUGGGAAUGGACUGAUUUGCGGGAAGCAGCACAACAACAACGGCUCGAUACCAAACGGGAAGUUACACGAAAUCGGUGCAGCUGAAAACGGAAAGCUGAUAAUGUCUGACGAGAAAUCGAGCAGUCUUCACACGGAGUUCGACGACGCGGACGUGUCUUGCGGCUGGGGCCCGUGCAGGCCACACUGGCUUCAGUAUUUCGCCACGAAGCAGGCCUUCCUGGUCACCUUCUGCAUCACCUGGGUCCUCCAGGGAAUGUACUACACGUACUUCGUCUCGGUGAUCACGACGAUCGAGAAGCUGUUCCAGAUUCAGUCAAAGACCACCGGUAUUAUAAUGUCAGCGACGGAGAUCGGCCAGAUCGGUUCCUCUCUCCUGCUUACGUACUACGGGGGCCAAGGUCACCGGCCUAAGUGGAUCGCUUGGGGCAUGAUCCUGUUCGCAGUGAGCUCGUUCACCUGCUCGAUGCCCCAUUUCAUCUUCGGUGAACAGCUGAUCCAUCAGAACGAGAUGUUUUUCAGCGGUUUCGAGGGUGGCGACCCAAACAACACCCAUCCUAUUCCCGCGAAUCUUUGCAAACUGCAAGAACGAUCAGAGAACGCUACGCUGGAUAGUUGGAUCUCGUCCACGACGCCGGCUCAAAUGAAUACGAUGAAUUACUGCAAGGGUGACUCGUUGACGGAGCAGAGGAUACAAAGUAAAAUAACUACCGUGGUCCUGGCUAUAUUUUUUGUCUCCUUGUUGGGCGUUGGAAUGGGUCAGACGGCAGUCUACACCCUUGGUAUUCCUUAUAUCGACGACAAUGUGGCCAGCAGAGAAAGCCCACUCUAUUUCGCGAUUACGAUCGGAGUGAGGAUCCUCGGACCAGCCCUAGGCUUCAUUCUAGGCUCAUUGUGCACGAUGAUUUACGCGGAUUUGUCGGCGAAUCCGCAAAUCACGCCGACGGAUCCAAGAUGGGUGGGAGCAUGGUGGCUUGGUUUGGUGCUAAUAUCCGCCAUGCUGAUGCUGGUCAGUAUAGGAAUGUUCGCAUUCCCGACGCGGUUGCCCGCGAGCAGAACACCGCCGAAACGGGCGGAUGCGAAAAAGCCUAGUCUCCGAGACUUCCCUAAAGCGGUGAAGAGGCUGUUGAAGAACGACAUUCUUAUGUUCCGGACGGCCAGCAGCGUGCUGCACAUCCUACCGAUCGCCGGCCUCUACACCUUCCUGCCAAAGUACCUCGAGAGCCAAUUUCGCUUGCCAGCUCAUCAUGCGAACAUGAUCUCAGGUGUCGGUGGUAUUUUAGUAAUGGGUCUGGGUAUUAUAAUUAGCGGAGUGUUUAUCCUGAGGGCAAAGCCUAACGCCAGGUUCGUCGCAGCCUGGAUCGCCUUCACAGCGAUAGUUUACGCGAUCGGCAUGGGCGUGCUGAUGUUCAUCGGUUGCCCGAUGGACGAUUUCGCUGGUCUCGUCUCGCAUUCCAACGGAUUGUCCAGCUUCGAGCCGGUCUGCGAGGCUACCUGCGACUGCGUUCGGAACAAAUUCAGUCCGAUUUGCAGCGCUGAUGGGAAAACUUAUUUUUCCGCGUGUCACGCGGGUUGUUCCAAUUACACGGUCGUCGAUGGCAAGGUAGCUUCGUUUUACAACUGCCAGUGCAUCGGGACGAAUCUAACGGCACCGGAAACGACCAACACCGCGACGAUCGGUUACUGCGAGCUCGAGUGCAGUAACUUUUGGGUUUAUAUGAUCCUGUUCUCGGUGUUCGUUUUCAUCCACUCGACCAGCGAGGUGGGCUCCAUGCUGUUGAUCUUACGGUGCGUGGAUCCACGGGACAAGGCGAUGGCUUUGGGGCUUAUACAAUUCGCCAUCGGCCUCUUUGGUAACGUCCCGUGUCCAAUCGUUUAUGGUGCUGUGGUGGACUCUGCUUGUCUCGUAUGGGAAUACGCUUGCGGCGAGCGAGGUGCCUGCUGGCUUUACGACUCGAAUGUCUUUAGAAUGUUCUAUCAUGGUACCACAGGCGGAAUCCUGAUUCUUGCGUUCGUGGUGGACAUAGUGGUGUGGUACAAGGCAGGGAGCAUUAGCUUCGUGGAGGAGCAGGACGUGGAGGAGGGCACUGUUGAAGAAAUGGCCACCCUGAAGUCGCAGGACGCGCAAGCGGUGGACAACGACUAUUUGUGAAAGAGUCCCGGCCGACUUCGAUGGUAUCUCAUCAAGCACAGGCCUGAAUCUAGCGUCGUAAACCGGGACAAAGCGUGACGAGCCGUUCCUAACUGACGAGAACUCGGUGCCAGUAGCACGCCGGAGGUUUAAGACCGGGGCGAUCUGUAUCGAUCUUCGUGUGUCACAUUCGCCGGCCGUUUUCUUUUUUUUUUUUUUUUUUUUUCGAUGGGUUUCGUUUUUGGAAACCUACGGCUAGAACCCGGUUGCCUCUUUAACGACGUGAAGGAGCAAGGAUUCAAGAGGGAACGAUGACAGUGGUGUUCGCGUCGAUCGCCUUUCGAAACUCGAAGGGAGUCCAGAAUCAAGAUGGGAUAGGACGACGAAUGAACUGUUGAAGGAGGCGGUGCUCGGCCACGGAAAUGCCCGUAGUUUCCGAAGAGGCUGUGCCGAGGUUUCGAACAAGUGCAUCGAGGGACGAAGAAAGAAACGUGUAAGAAGAAAAGGGGACAAGAAAAUGGGGAUCGAUGAUCAACGACUUGAUUUUUCUUGAGAAUGUGGUUCUUGGAGACGCGAAGACGCCCCAUGAAGAAAAGAUCUUCCUGGUUGGUAUCAAAGAGCAACGAUUUGAAUUAGAGAUAAAGCGAUACGAGAUACAUCCGGAGGAGUGAGAGAGGAAGGGAGAUAUGGAGUAGAAACGUCUGGUAGUAUACGAGAAUUUUCGUGUUUGGAGAAGAAAAAGUGGGAUGAAGGAAAACGCGAAACGAUGACCAAUACGGAUAACGGAAUCAAUACGGCACGCGAGGUUCUCGGAUCUUGGGCGAGCUUCUCUUAGGCACUACCGUCCGUGUUUCACUCUGCAGAUACAACUAGGCGUAGGCAAACUGUACGUACAAGCGAUUUACGAUGUGUGUAUGUGUGUCGGUAAUAUUUGUCUGGAACGAAAUACACGGUAUAUCUCGUUGUUUUUGAAAGAUCAUAAGGAUACAUUAAGAAUGGAAAAAAGGGGAGAGAAUCUGGGAGCGAAUGGGGAAAAUAAGAAGAAUACAUAGGACAUAUUUUUUAGAUGAUUUGACGAUGAAAAUCUGGGCGAUAAAGAGAACAAAAAGUAACGUUAAUUAUUAAUAUUAAAGCAUUAGCAGAUACGACACACAGGGAGAAGAGCGACGAUACAAACAAAAGAAAAAAAAGAAAAAACAAAAAUAAAAUAGAAUGCAAGAGAAAAGAAAUACGGAAGAAAAAUGAAGUUAAGGGGGGAAAAAGGCGGAUAAUCGAGAGCUGUAUUUUAAUAUGAUACAUUUUACACACUCGUGAGACACUCGUCAAUGUAUGCGCAUCUGCCGCCUGUGCUUCUAGUGCUUUGAGCGUUCAUUGUUUCUGAGUCCUUUUGAAUGGUCAACCUGAUCGUAUAUCAACCUUUUGUAUGUGUAAUAUUUCCCCUAGUAGUCUCUCUGUAGACUUCGAAAGAUCGACCAUGAUAUCUCGGUUCCAAUGUUCCAACAAUAAAUUCGAAUUAAUUUCUAAUCGAAUCCAACUAAGACAUAUUCCUUAAAUUGGUAAAUUAUUAUUGGAGUAAUUGCUGGUGGGAUUUCAUAAUCAAAGGGUUAGAUGGACGAUCAGUGUAUUAGAUAGCUGCCGUAUAAGGCAGCGAAACAAGGAAGAAAAACAAGGAUUGUUUCGGAGGGUAAAAGCAAGAAAGGGUAAAAUUAAAAACGCGCGUUUAAGGUACGCAUUAACCGCUAUGAAGUUUGCGAAUUAUUCGAUUCAGGGGCAUUGCUAAUAUAUUACAUCAUUUUACGUUUGCUUCAAGGAACGUUUGGCUGACAGCUAAAAUCCGUCAGAGUUGGAUAAUACGAAAGGGAAAAAGAACUAGUUCCAUUAUUCAAAGGAAAAGUCAGAUAAUUUCGACUAAUCUCGUUAAAGAUGACGAGAGCGAGGAAUUAUAUUUUUGAAGAAUUUUAAUUUUGGAUUGUUCUAUGUUGUUUCGUUGACCUACGCAAUCGGAGAAUUAAUCCAAUCCAAUUAAAUCUAUUUCUGGUUUUUCCUUGGAUUUUGUACUCUAUGUUUGGAACAUCUAUAUCCUCUAUGUAUCAAGUACUAUUUUUCAUACUUGAGUAGAAAAUUUCUUUGCAAAACCACUAAUUGUAUGCGAAUUAUGGCAACGACAGCCAAUUGUUUCUUCGAAACUCCAAAUAAAAAAGAUAUAGGUAUAUUAUAUAUAUAUAUCUAUAUACACAUAUAACGUUACAACAACUCUGAACAAAUCUUCAGAGUAGCAAACGAUCUGCUUUCAGUCCAGAAGAAAUAUUUUAAGAUGGAGAGAGGACGACUAUUGAACAAAUUUUUUUUUGUAUUAUCGUACCUCUUAUAAAAAAAGACAACAGUUACAUAGAAAGAGUGUACUGUAAAAUUAACUUGAUUUUUUCCUGGAGACAGAAGCAUCCUGGGAUUUCUUCUGGACUACAGCAGAACGUAUGCCUUAACCCUUUCGGUGUUGAAAAUAAUUGGUCGUAUUCUGCAUAGAACAAACCACCCACUCACCGGGAGGGUUGAACGUGUUACAUAUACCUAUGCAUUGUACGUAUCGUGUGUGCAUGUGCGUGCGUGUACAGUUGUAUCAGUAAAUCGUUGACGAUGCAAUUGAGAAAGGAUUGCACAGGGGCGGAUACGGCCUUCCGUGCGCCCGUUGAUCUCCAUCGAGAAUUGUAUUUUUGUAUUCGAAGCGACACAUAAUCUAUAUUUUAAUCGAUCACGAAUCGUAUAUAGAACAGCACGUAAUAACUUAGAGCCAAUUCCAACCUUUGAAGCGAUUCAUUUCUCGGGUUUCGAAUAUUACCAUUCGGUUCUAUUCACCGCAACAUCCUCUCUAUUUUACGUUCGUUCACUCAAGUGGAGGAACGAAGAGAAAGAGGAAAACGGUUCGAAGGUGUUACUUUGCUCUCUUCUUUCUUGACGUUAAGUGCGUCAUGUGAUGAAUUGAUUACCAUGUAUCGCGUUGAUGCAAUCCUAUUCAAGAUCGGUAACACAAUGAUCUAUGGUAUGUACUGAUUGAUCGUUUGGUUCUAAGGCUAAUCGAAACACUAACGUCGGAUACAACCAAAUGCAAGGAUAGAGAUGACAAUAUUUUCGCCAGCGAAAGUUAGGAAUGCUAAUGUUUACUGUGGUGCAAAGUUCAUCGCGUGAACGAUAACGUCAAGAAAGAGUUAAUAAUUUUAAGGGAAAAACAAGACAAAAGCAAAACGCUAAUCACAAAAUAAUCGUUUCACUUUGGAGUUAGUCCGGGGGAUGAAGAACGCGUUUUAACCCUUGUAUUGGCAGAAGAAUUUUCGAUUCUCUUAGAAUUACGAAAGCAUUUUAGGAGUUCCAAGAUUUAUCCCACGAAACACGAUUACACGUAGACGUUAAGUAGAUGUUAGAGUGUUUGCAUGCAGUUUUAUGCGCAAAAUUCAUGCACGUUGCCUGGAGCAACAUUGCCAAGCAAGGAGUUAAAACCGACAGCUCCAUCGUCGCGACUAUCAAACAAAUUUCUAUAAGCUUUUCCUCUAUCGAUGCAGAGUCGACUCAUUGUCGGAUGGUGUAUUAAUCGAACAAGAUUUUAAACGGUGCAACACGGACUCCGUUAUCGAAGAACGACGAACAGAACUAUUUUGAACGAUUCGAAGCCGUGUGUACAAAUUCUACGCGCUCUUCUCUACGGUUCGACUUAUUUUUAACCGCUUUUACAAUCCUUUUUCCAUCGGCGGAACGGUUAGAGGUUUCCAAGAGACAGUCCGUCGUCCCAUGUGUCCGUCACAGAGAUAUUUUUCUUGCGGAUGAAUUUGGAAAGGAAAACAUAACGACGACACAUGUCUCUAUUUUCCAAGAAAGUCGCGAACCAGAGCUCUAUCUCGACGAGACGCUCUCUAGGUUCUUGCAUUCUGUUUUAAUACGCGUUCUUCGGCUCGAUAACAAAAUAGUAGGAAUGAACGAAAUUUUUUGACCACGAACAGAUUAGGGUGAAGCGUUAUUUAGUUAUUUUAGUUUAAUUUCCUUCUCGAAGGGCAAAAUAAGAUGAAGAGGUAGAACUCGAUGAAUGGUGUGUACUUGUGCGUUUGCCUUUCAGUGCUCGAUAUACAUCACUGUAUAUUACAUGUACGAUAGAGCUGUACAUAUAGGAAAGUACAAUAAUUGCCAAAAUAAUCAUGGCGUGGAGCGACAGAGUCUCAGUCUUUAUUCCGUGUGUUGCGCCAGUCGGUACAUCUGCAAGAUGGGCAAACGAUUCUUUACCAAUCCAUUAUGAAUUUUACCCACGAAGCGAGUACUUGGAUAUUGGAUUCGUGCGAAUGUAAAUUUUAUCCGAAAAUCUUUAACUUUGACGAAGAUUUUAAACGUAGUAAGAUUUAAUUUAGUCGCAUGCCCCGUGUUUCGAAUCACUUGUCCAUCGUUAUAAUACGUUGCUAGUUACGUCACUGUGAGAAUCAAUGCAAUGACGACGCGUUAACUUCGAUACACUGCCCUCUUACUGAUACUGCCAGUCAAUGAAAAAGACUUGUUUCGCGCGAAAGCUCAUCAGCCAAUUAAAUUACUGCCAGAUUUUACUGCCAGACGACAUACUAGCAUUAUUUUUUACCAUACGACGAACUGUCCCAUUUACGAAACUCACGCACGAAAUAUUUCGGCCCAUGGAAACAGUCCAGGGUCUACAUUUUGUUCCUCUAAGGAAAAGAACAACAAUUUUGUCUUUGCAUUUGAUACGUAGCUUUCGCGUAAUUCGAAGAAGUACUUUUUUUAUGCAUAUUCUCAACUGUCUACAGUAUCGACAAUCUAAAUGAUAAGGUUCGUUUUUUUUUUAUAUAUAUAUCAAUCACUUACAUUCUGUCAGCAUUUAAUAUUCACUAGCCACGUCUUUUGAUGUAGCGUCAUCGUCGUGUGAAUUCCCACAGUUUCGUCGAUUAGAUAUUAUUUAAAAAAAUAGACAGGAAAAAAGGAACGAUCACUGGCGGAACACAGAAUACUAUAAUAAUUAUAUUUUAGUAAAAAAAAGAAUUUAUCAUUAAUAUACUUGUAGGAUAAUCAGCUGCGUAAGCGGACAUCACGAUUUUAUCUAAUUACGGCGUAGUUCUGUAAGAGAACCAUAAUUGCUAGUCUUUAAUUUGCGACGUGCUCGCGUGUACUCGCACGUCUCGACGGAAUAUAUACUGGAUGUUUAAUGAAUCCUUCGGUUGGAGCAACUUUAUCAGUCUGCAAGGAAACUUCCUUUUAUUUUAUCUAAAAUACUUCAAUUUUAUAUGUAUAAAUAAAAUAUCUGUCGUGAUUUGAAUCAUUUUGAAAUUUUAAAAUUACACGCUCUCAUUGAAAAUCGCGAUUCAAUCGUUUUAAAUUACUUUUCCAAAGUAUUGUCCUUGUGACGAAUUUUCGAAUCUCACUAUGAAGGCUGAUCUCUAUACUUUUAGCAAAAUUUGAGAGCAGACGAAGAGGGAAAUUGAGAUCUCCUCGGUCGUUUAUGACGAACGUAUUCUUCUUACGCGUUUUACUAAUCUUUUACGAACAAUUAAGAGCGAGAGAAAGAUAGGCACGUUGCAAAAUGCUAAAGUUGCAUCCAACGAUCUAACUAUUUACCUAACAUAUAUGCGUGUGUAUCAAGCGUAAGGAUCGACUAAAUCGAUGAAUAAAGAUAACGAAGAGCAGGGAAUAUGAUAAACGAAGAAGAAGAAGAAGAAGAAUAAAAAAAAAAAAUAUAAUGCCAUUUUUAUGUAUACAUAUAUUGUACUAAUGAUUACUAUAAAUUUUUUGUUUUAUUAAUAUUAUUCUUACUAUUACUAUGGUUUAUUAUCGUCGGAUACUGAUUCUUGUUUAUAAAAUAAUUACUAUUAAUUGAUAAUUAUCGCGCGGUCGCGGAUCACCGUUGUAAUAUGCGCUUUGAUUUUUAUACAUAAUAUAUAUAUAAUAUAUAUAUAUAUAUCAUAUAUUAUUAUAUGUAUAUAAUAUAUAUAUAUAAAGAAUCGAUUACUCUGUAGGUGACGUAAGUGUAUUUUGAUAUAGUGCACGAUAUCGUAUGCGUAGGUGCGUGCGUGCGUACGUGUGUGUCUGUGUAAAUGUGAUGUGUCUGCGUGCAAAUGUGACACGAAUAAUUCUACAUGUGUCCGGCCUCAAUCGUCGGGCAUACGCAGAACAAAUUUUACAUUAUUUGUAAAUGUCGUUGAGUUAUCGGUAUGUCUGUUUUAUUUUUUUGUUUUUUUCCGUGCUUAUUUUUUUAGCUAGAUAUCGUACAGGCAGUUACUUUUCCAUCGAGACGAAUGGCACUCCUGGUAUCGUUCGCGAAACAAUUCGCUAACAAUAUGUCACGGAAGCAUACGAAUAGAAAUUUAAUUGUAUUGUACCAUUGAACCCCGAACCUAACUAUGACAGAUUUUAGAAAAUUCCUCAUUACAUAAUUUUUGAUAUUUACAAAUUAUAACGAUUGACACGAAUACGUACUAUUUCACUGUCAAAAUUUCCAAGUUUUUCUUCAGUCGAUUUUCAAUGAAUGGCAAAAUUUCUCAUACGUACGAUACGCGACGUGCCAUUCGUCGGCAACACAAUUCCUCCUGGAAGAUGUAACACGCGUCUCAAUCAAGACUGUAAAUAGCAAAUAGCAGGCGUUCGAUGGACCUCCACCUUAAGGUUCCCACACUACUCCCGACGUUUAAGUGCCUAAAAAGAAAGAAAAAAAAAAUGGAAAGGAAAGAAAGAAACCGGAAUAAAACGCGUCUAUCCUCCUCGAACCUUCGUUGUCUAGUUUCUAGAAGUGGGUAAGAUACUAUUUUGACGGCUGGAUGCCACCACGAGACAUAUAACUUUCAAAGGGCUAACAUACAUACCGUUUCAAGAGUGCUGCAACACACACACACACAUACACAUACACACACACAUACAUACACAUUCUCUUCGUCGUAGAAUCUCGGAGUUUUUAAACGCUUUAAUAAAUAAUAGUAAAUGCUACCAGUAGUGAAGAAUAAUGUAGGAAAACAGGCAAAAUAAAAAGGAAAAAAAAAUGGGAAAAAACGUAUAAAAAUGAGCAUAUUUGCGAAACAUCAGUGUUGAAAAAAAAAAAAGAGUUACACAAUAGGAAACGUUUAAACAAGGAUUAUAAUGCAGAACCAUAGUGACGAUGAAGAAAGAACAAGUAGAAAAAUAAUCGUCAUUCCCACUUUGAUGAAUUAAUAUACGUAUAAUAUAUAAAUAUAUUGACUAUAUAUAUAUAUACAUAUUCAUAUAUAUAUAUAUAUAUAUAUAUAUAUAUGUUAUAUAUAUGUACGUAAAAGACGAAAUAGUAUUUUAUCUGACUGCUAGUUUCACGUCACAGUGGACGAAUGUCGUUCGACUCACCCUCAGCAGAUCUCAGCACUCUAACGAAACGAACGUGGAUCGUUUAUUUUUUAUUCGCGCAUAAAAGUCCCGCUCGUUUCCGUGGAGCGCGUUUAUGAACACCGGUGUUCACAGGGUACAUCGGAAAUCGGGAUUCACGACUAUAAUACGUAAGAUUCAUAUGUUCAAAAUAUAUUACAUUUUAGGCAGAAAUCGGAUUUUUCGAAUAAAUUUAUAUAAACUCUCCAUUCCCUCGUGGAAUAGAAAUUCUAUGGUGGAAAUAUACAAACUCUAGAGCACAAAGGAUCAAUGUACAAAUGCCUGUAAAGCUAAAUUCAAGGAAUUUCUCUACUUUCUGUUUUCGAGCUUGCGAAUAAAAAUUACCCUCCCUUAUCCUUCUCUCUCUUUCUCUCUCUCUCUCUCUCUCCCUCUCUCUCUCUCUCUCUCUCUGUGUAAAGUAUAAUUAUAUAAUUAUUCGUUAAAAAUCCGAUUGCCUUCGGUACAAUUGAAUCGUUCAACCCCUGUUCCAGUGAUUAUAUCGUACAAAGAAGCCGCAAUCGAUUCACGAUGCAACCUGUGAACGCGCGAGCGCGUGCGUGUAUAUUAAUUAUUACAGAAUAUAUAUAUAACAGAGUAUAUAUAUAAAAUAAAUGAAGAAAAAAGUAUAUAUACACAAAGAUACACGAGUAUAUCCGUGAGAAUAAAGAAAGAUGGAACCUUGAGGUCGCGGCACGGGUCCCUGAAACCGGAAGUACCGCGACGACGAGAGCCGAUAUUUUGUUGCGCGUGCAGAGAAGUCAAUUUUUUCGAUUACAAAAUAAAGAAGAAACCCCUUACAUCACUGUAACAUACCUCUAGAAUGUUUCAUAGUUUAAAUUAGCCUUCGGGUUAUCGAUCGAUGAUCGAGCACGUUCAGUCGAUAUUUUCCAAACGGUGAGAUCGGUAAGAAUCGCAAAAGAGAGAGAGAAAAAAAAAAAGAAAAGAAAA